AUGGAUCCAAAAACCGAGAAUCGUAGCCUUAUUCAGUAUAGACGAGUCAAAGCGCGUCGGAACAGCUCCAAUUCACAGGCGGAAACUGGUCCUCCGCCACUGCAUUUUAUGUCCAAAGAUGAAUCUGCAAACUGCACUCGAGGGCAAGACGGUCCAUUGUCGCCAAGCUUUCUACCGUUGGAUGCAGGACUGAUUGAGGAUCGCGGAGCAGUGAGUAAACAUGUGGAGACCUGGCUAGAGGAGACGGUUAAUUUGACUCGACUGAAACAAUCACGUCGACGUGGGAACAUUUAUCACAUUUGUAGUGGAGAUGCAAGUUAUGAACCGCCUCCAGCUCAGGUAGCUCAACCACGAAGUUUUGACAGUCCGGUCCCCUUGGGCCUAUACGAGUCUCCAAAUGCGUAUUCUUUGAUUACUUCUCCUCGACGUGUGAUUCAGCGCCAACUGCAUUGUUCCUCUCAGCAGUCAUCAGAUAGUCCUCAAUUGAUUAUGCCCUCUUUGACCAUUGAUAGCAACGAAGGUUACCCGAUGUACCGCAUGGGUGAAUCCUCAGAACAAGAUUCCAGACCGAGUUUCGGAGACCCCCCUUAUCCUUUACAUCCAGAUGACUCUAACUUUCCCGGAACCUAUCGCAGACACAGUGAAAAUCCAAUAAGCCGCAAUAGACAAGCACCGCAAAACUCCAUGUCUAUCGAAUCAGCCACUGGGAUUAGCCGCACGGAUUCGCAGCCCCGAGCCCACGGUCCGGCUAUGAUUGUGGGGCCUGGUGUGGGAAUGCCUACCACUGCCACUGCGGCAGUUGCAGCGGCUCCCGGAACAGAUCAAUUUUUGCCUACCCCAAACCAGGAUGCAUGGAAUAGUCGUCAGUCGCAUAGUAUGGAGCUGGUAAAUACUAGUCACCAAUCUAGUCGUGGACUUAUGUCUGGUGGAAAACAACCACUAACCUCAAAACUGUCUCUCCAGCGACAGGUUCCACAACUGUACAGUCGUUCUAUGCAACAGUCGACUUGUUCGUUUCCUGCCCAGUGGUGCGGAUUCCUCAGUGGGCCAGAAUUAUCACUGACAUCACCGUUUGAUUCAGCCAGUAUCACUCCAGAUUCACAAAAAGUGCGACACUUUUUCGAACAAUCAUUCGAUGGUGUAGAACGUGUAAUGACGACCACAGGUCGAAUAUUAGACCACACAACACAUGUACAUUCUGCUUCAGGGUCCCCAGGAUAUCCCCAUGUACGAAAUGUGCGUUUAGAUCGAUACACACGAGGAUCACAAGACAGUCGAGAUCAAUACAUGCGAUCAAAUAUGCUUUGUUCUUCACAGGCACUAGAACGUAAUCGAGAUCGGCGCGUCAACAGUUUUGAACUGAAUCUGACCGGGGAUAGGGGACACAAUGAGGCAAAGCGUCAAUCUUACUUGAUGCUACCUAAUCAUUAUUCAUCGGAUUCAUCAAGACGUGGUUCCGCACUGAGUAACACAUCCGUACGAUCCGCACGGGAAUUCACGCCACGAAUUGAUGAACGCCUCGAUGAUAAUCCCCUGGUGCCUGAACCAACAGUGACUAGUACUCCAGCAUUCACGGCCAAAUUAAUACCACCAGAUUUGAUUUUCAGUCCAGCUUCACGGAGAGCUUCGAUCAUGGACGAACAAGAACGUGCUUCUCCUGAUCCAUCCAUGCCUCCCAUGAUACUGAACCGGAAUCCGAAUUACGCAGAUCCCAUAGAAACCGCGGAUGCAGAUUCUCAGCUGCCUUAUCAUGAACCAGUGGGGAUUGAGCAGGAAUCGGAAAAUGGGGCAUAUGCUGGUGUGUGGUCGACUGAGGUUACUGAUCAAUCUCCCAUUCAUGUACGAGGCCAUCAGUCACCCCUUGAUCCCGAUACAACUUUCGAUCUCGGUGUACGAUGCGUUGGCAUGCACCGAAGUUUCAACAGUGCCUAUCCACAAAAUGAACGUAACAUCUGCCUUGGUGGGAUGCGUCUACCCCGAGGACAAAGAUCUCAGGACUAUCGCUCAAUGGAGGGUUUAAGUGUUGGACCUAUCUGCACUCCACUGUCUCAUUCUCAUGAUGAUUUACGUCGUUCAAGGAGUCAGUUUGCAUCAGCGUCAGCUACAACCUAUCCAUCAUCUGACUGUCGUCCUCGAUUUCCCGACUCUCAUGCGUAUCAGGCCCUGACAAGAUCUUUGGCCCCCUUGGUAACAACUCCCGCGAUGCCGAUGCGUUCUUCCGGUAGACCAAUGAUUGCACAGAAUAAUGGAUUUCGUCCGCUUCUUGGUGGAUCGGAGAAUCGAAGUGCAAUGAGNAAUGAGUUCUUGCGAUCAGCCUGUGGAAUGUUUGGUUCCGCCGGAGAAAAGCAUACGUUCACCGAUCCGUAUGCGUUUAAAUGCAAGCACAAGUGA